AUGGCGGUCAUAGUACCAAGCGAUUUCGAAGACUUCUACAGGCUCAUAAAUACACCCGGGAAAGUGAUAUUCGUACUCAUGUACGCUUGGUGGUGCUGGGGGAGCCAAAACGCAAUGCCGACGUUCGGAGAGCUGAGCGACGAGUUUAAGGAUUGCCUGUUCAUCAAAGUGGAAAUGGAAGAAAUACCUGACGUUCCUCGAAUCUACGAUCUGGACUCGACUCCGGCUCUCAUGUUCUUCAGAAACGGUGGUCGUGCCGAUACCUGUCUCGGUGGUGACAGGGAACGCCUCGAGCAGUUCAUCAGAAUGUGGGCCUGUUGA